AUGGAAUGUGAAGAGAUGACUGUUGAGGAUAAAGAACGUUUGCGUUUCAUCCGGAAACAGAAGCUUCAAGUUAUAAAAAAUAUUGAAUCUCUUAAGCUUGAGCUCCACGAUAUUACCAACCAGAUUGAGAGUUUGGGCUUCCCAGUCGAAUGUGAUGAUGUAACUACAAGGAGACGAAUCAUUGGUUGCAAAGAAUUUAAUACUAGUCCGAAACAGGGUUUGGAAUAUCUUUUUGAGCAUAAUGUCGUGAAAAAAACUCCUGAAUCCGUUGCCAGUUUUUUCUUAGAGGAAAAGGACCGUCUCUCGAAAUUCGCCGUCGGAACAUACUUGGGUGAGAUACGUAAAGAUUUCAACAUGCAAGUUCUGGAUUCUUUUACCCGUUUGCAUGAUUUCCGGAACCAGGAUUUUCUGUCUUCCCUGAGGCGGUUCCUUCUCAGCUUCCAACUACCCGGUGAGAGCCAGAAGAUCGAUCGUAUCCUCACGAGUUUCGCCGAACGGUACUUGGAACAAAACCCACAGUCCUUCCACUCUGCUCAUGAGGUCUACGUUCUUGCGUAUGCCGCUAUCCUACUGAACACAACACUGCACAACACCAAUGCAAAAGGUCAAACCCUCGGCCUUGCAGAAGAGAAAACGUUCGUUCGGACUUUGCGAGAUUACGAUGGGGAAACAGAUAUACCCGAGGAAUUGAUACGAAAAGUGUACCAUAACAUCAAAAACGAACCCAUCCAACCCGCAUCAGACGAGGGACUGGGCUUUUUCAAUCACAACUCCAAGACGCUCACGAGUGGAUGGCUUCUGAAGCUAGGUGGCCGUGUACGAAGUUGGAAGCGCCGCUGGUUCGUGUUAACUGAAGAAAGUUUACUAUACUACAUGACAUCGGAUCCUCAUCGUCACAUCAAGGGUGCCGUGGCAUUGGACGGGUUGAGCGUUCGAACCUACCACGAUCGAACAAAGGAGCACACAUUUGAGUUGUUUUCCUUCGGUAACGGUGUGAUCAAGGCUAGCAAAGCGGACAGAGAUGGCGCAACAACUCCAGGUCAUCACACUGCCUAUCGAUUUGCGGCUUCAUCAAUUGCCGAACGUGAUAGAUGGGUUCGCGCUUUGGAGGCAGUUACUCGGCGUAUUAGCGAACGUCGCGGAACACGUAGUAUCAGCGUGGAUUGUUCCACAAAUGGAUCGGUUCAUCUCCGUCAGACGCACCGUCUGCCAUCCCCAGUCGCUUCUGCGGCAUCCUCCCUAAGGCGUUCCAACAGCGCAGGAAGUCAUCCAGAUUUGUCUAGUCAACAAUCUAUCCUGAAGUAA